UCCGCGAUGCUGGUGAACCCCUUUACGGCAGCUCUCGGUCACACGUGUUGUCAUCGCAUGGAAGUCCUUCGUAAAUAGCUGCUGCGAGCCGAUCAACUUUAGGUUUCUCAACCAAAUCAUGUCUUUCCGAGGGGGCGGUGGACGAGGGGGCCGGGGAGGCCGGGGAGGUGGAGGCUUUAGCCGAGGUGGAGGAGGCGGAUUCGGAGGAGGCAGAGGAGGCGGAUUUGGACGCGGCGGUGGCGGCGGACGGGGCGGUUUCAGACAACAAGACUACGGCCCUCCGGAAUAUGUCGUCGCUUUGGGAGAGUUCGUGCAUCCGUGUGAAGAUGACAUCGUGUGCAAGUGUACGACCGAGGAGAACAAAGUGCCCUACUUCAACGCCCCUGUGUACCUGGAGAACAAGGAGCAGAUCGGGAAGGUGGAUGAGAUAUUCGGCCAGCUGCGGGAAUUUUAUUUUUCAGUUAAACUCUCCGACAACAUGAGGGCAUCUUCAUUUAAGAAACUUCAGAAGUUUUAUAUAGAUCCAAUGAAGCUCCUCCCACUGCAGAGGUUCCUCCCGAGGCCUCCGGGAGAGAAGGGUCCUCCGAGAGGAGGCCGAGGGGGAAGAGGAGGCGGCCGUGGAGGCGGUUUUCGUGGCGGCCGCGGCGGUAGCUUCGGGGGCGGCCGCGGCGGAGGUUUCGGAGGCGGCCGGGGCGGAGGAUUCGGAGGUGGACGAGGUGGAGGAGGCUUCAGAGGAAGAGGAGGGGGAGGAGGACGUGGAUUCAGAGGCGCAAGAUAAUCUGAUGGUGGUGCGGUGGUCUCGCCUCCAUCUUGGCCUACAAACGCACGCGCCAAAUGGCUGCGCUCUAUGGCAGUGCCUGACCUGUUGGACUCACAAUAUAGACACUGCCUCUAUUUGAAUCCGAUGGAUUUUCCCUUUGUUUUUAUUUUUUGUGCCAGUGUUGAAUGUGAUGGCUGAUCAUUCUUUCAAAGGUCAAUACAUAUGCCGGUGUGUAACACAGGACCUUGAUGUCAAGUUAUUGGGUCACUUUGUGAACAGUCUGUCUGUCCAUAAGCUGUGUUUGUACUAUGAGAAAAUGAUUUUAAGUGCUACAUUCACACACCUCCAUGUGUUCUAUUCCUUUGACGUGAAGUCUUUGUAUACAGUUAGUUGAGAACAUUUUAAUACCCGUUGUUUUCUAAAGUCCUAAGCAGAAUGUCACAUUUUUGGUUAAAGGCCUUGAUUAAACGGUGCUUUGUAA